GAAGAAAGGGGAGAAUCAAGAUUUUAUUUUUAAAAAAAUAGCUAAUAUGCAUAUAUGGUUCACAAAGCUAACAAGAAUUAACAUUUUUUCUUUUUUUCCUUCCUCUUCCUUCUCUUUUCCCCUUCACUUCCCCCUGCUUCUCUCCCUUCUUAUAGAUGUGCCACCAGCGGUUUUUCAUCUCUUGGUUUUCCCUGGUUUUGCUAGCAUCUCCCCUCGUGGCCAUAUGGGAACUGAAGAAAGAUGUUUAUGUCAUAGAAUUGGAUUGGUACCUGGAUGCCCCUGGAGAAAUGGUGGUUCUCACCUGUGACACCCCUGAAGAAGAUGGUAUCACCUGGACCUUGGACGAGAGCAAUGAGGUCUUAGGCUCUGGAAAAAACCUGAUCAUUCAAGUCAAAGAGUUUGGAGAUGCUGGCCAGUAUACCUGUCACAAAGGAGGCAAGGCUCUGAACCAUUUGCUUCUGCUGCUUCACAAAAAGGAAGAUGGAGUUUGGUCCACUGAUAUUUUAAAGGACCAGAAAGAACCCAAAAAUAAGACCUUUCUAAGAUGCGAGGCCAAGAAUUAUUCUGGACGUUUCACCUGCUGGUGGCUGACGACAAUCAGUACUGAUUUGACAUUCAGUGUCAAAAGCAGCAGAGGCUCUUCUGACCCCAGAGGGGUGAUGUGCGGAGCACCUAUGCUCUCUGCAGAGAGGGUCAGAGGGGACAGCAAGGAGUAUGAGUACUCGGUGGAGUGUCAGGAGGACAGUGCCUGCCCAGCCGCUGAGGAGAGGCUGCCCAUUGAGGUCAUGGUGGAUGCCGUUCACAAGCUCAAGUAUGAAAACUACACCAGCAGCUUCUUCAUCAGGGACAUCAUCAAACCUGACCCACCCAAGAACUUGCAGCUGAAGCCAUUAAAGAAUUCUCGGCAGGUGGAGGUCAGCUGGGAGUACCCUGACACGUGGAGUACUCCAUAUUCCUACUUCUCCCUGACAUUCUGCGUUCAGGUCCAGGGCAAGAGCAAGAGAGAAAAGAAAGACAGAGUCUGUGUGGACAAGACCUCAGCCACGGUCAUCUGCCGCAAAAAUGCCAACAUUAGCGUGCAGGCCCAGGACCGCUACUAUAGCUCAUCUUGGAGCGAAUGGGCAUCUGUGCCCUGCAGUUAGGUGAGCAGGCCCUCAAAGCCCAGCCCAGACCUCCACACUUAGUGCACCUGGGUGCAGGGAUAUGAUUGGGGGCUGUGCUGGGGAGGAAAGGGGGAUGGGGUGGCCGGCACCCAGUUGCCAGAAUCAGAAACAUAUUUAUUUAUGAACAGAUAUUUAUUUGGUGCCUGUGUUAUGUAGGACACUGUGCUGGCCACAGGGAUAUUGCAGGAAAGAAAACAGACCUGGGUUCUGCCUUCCUAAAGAGGAAGGCAAAGAAGAGAGAGGUAGCCAGGAGGCAGAGCAUGGAGGACUUGCAAGCUUGCAGGACUAAGAACGUUGUUCUGAGGGCCCUGGGCCCUGAAACCCACUGGGUUUUCAGCAAGGAAUUAAUACAAUCAGAUAUUCUUUAAAGAAAACUCUCAAGAAAGCCUCUGGCCUUAAAUUCCAGGCCACAUAAGGAAGACCUGGGCCUUCUGGCAUGAAAUCCCCAAAACCCAACUGCCCAAGAUAAUGUGUUAAGAGAAAUAAGAAGAGUUUGCUGUUGCAAUGUCCACCCCAUGUAGAUUUUUGGCAUUGUUUUCCAGGUUCCAAUCCCAGGAAGAAAAUUUGAAGGAAAACUGGAAGAUAUUAAGCAAUAUGUUUAAAGACAGAAUGGAAUUGACACAAAAAGAUAUUUUCUAUCUGAUUUGCUUAAAAAAACUUUUUUAGGGUCACAAUGAUAUCUUUGCUGUAUUUGUAUAACUAGAUGCUAAAUACCCAUUGAAACAAUCAGCUAAUUUAUGUAUAGAUUUUCCAGCUCUCAAGUUGUCAUGGACCUUCGUGCUAUUUAAAUAUUUAAGUAAUUUAUGUAUUUAUUAAUUUGUUACUGUGAUUUAACAUUUGUGUGCCAGGACGUAUUCAAUGUUUCAUACUGUCAUGACCUGAUCCAUCAGGGUCAGUCCCUAUUAUGCAAAAUUUGAAUUUAAUUGUAUUUAUACUGACAACUUUUCAAGCAAGGCUGCAAGUACAUCUGUUUUAUGACAAUCGGGAAGAACACAGUGUCCUGAUACCAGUGCCAUCAUAUAUUAGUGAUGGAUGGGAACACAAGAGAUACUUAAAUAGAAACCUGACGAUGCAAACCUGUUGAGAAGAUCCUGGAGAAGAAGAUGCUGGGAUGCUAGUUCUCAUGUCUGUGAAGACUUCCUGGAGGUGGUGGUGAUAAAGCAAUUUAGGGCCACUUGCACUUCUAAGCAAGUUUAAUCUUUGGAUGCCCGAAUUUUGAAAGCGCUAAAAAAACAAAAUGAUUGACCAGGCUGGGAAACAUAGCAAGACCCCCGUCUCUACAAAAAAUUUAAAAAUUAUGCAGGCAUGGUGGCUCAUGCUUGUGGUCCCAGCUAUUCAGGAGGAUGAGGCAGGAGGAUCACGUGAGCCCAGGGUGUCAAGGCUAUGAUGAGCCCUGAUUGCAUCACUGCACUCCAGCCUAUGUGACAAAAUGAUACCCAGUCUGGGAAAAAAAAAAAAAAAAAGAUUGAAAUUAAAACUCAGCUUUAGCUUCAAUGGCAGUCCUUACCCCCACCUCUCUACAAUACACAUGAGGAUGACACAAAAACACCUUAAGUGUCUGGAAGGCAAAACGAUUUUAAGAUUCAAGAGAGAGGACAAGUAGUUAUGGCUAAGGACAUAAAAUCAGCAGAAUUGCAGGUGGCUUCUUAACAGCCAUGUGAGAAGCAGACAGAUGCAGAGAAAAUCUGGAAUCCCUUUCUCAUUAGUAUGAGCGAAGCUGAUAUGCAGUUAUGACCAGAAAGUAUUACUCCAUGAAGUUGCUAUUUUAAGUAACGUAUGUGCUUUCUGUAAAGUGAUUAUGUCUGUUUUCUGUUUAUUUAUUUAUUUAUUUUUGCAUUCUGAGGCUGAACUAGUAAAAACUCUUCUUUGUAAUCAUAAUUUGGGCUUUCUCAGCCGAUUUGUGUAUUCUGCUUGCAAGUCUACUAGGGGUGCAUUUUUUCCCCUAUCAUUUAAGAAUUGCCCUUUCUUGGAGUGAUCCCAUUCUAAAUUUUGCAGAGUUGCUCUUUCCCCUUAUAGUAUUUCCAAAGUCAGUGUCUUUCUGAACUCAGGGGAUGUCCCUAUAAUCUGACCAGGAAGGAUCCUUUGUAAGGGCACCAAACUGCAUUGUGCCUUCUUUACAGGUGGAUGCUCUCACUUCUUCCACGCUUUGUCCUGAAAUCGACUACUAGUUUCCCCAGAAUCAUAAAAUAAAACUCUAACCUGGUACAGCCACGGACAUCUCAGCUCUUAGGUCCAGCUCUAGUAUUUACUGAGGGUUUGCAAUACAUAUGGAC